AUGGCGGCGUGCUGGGCUGAGGUGGCGGCUCGGCUGCUGCCGGUGGUCAGCGCCCUGACGCGGCCCUGGGCGGUGGGGGGCGUGGGGCUGUCCUUCACAGUCCAGCUGUCCCAGGAAAGUUUCGAUGGGGAGCAGGAGAAGAUGUGGGCCGGCUCGCCUGUCGCCUGUGGUGGACAGUGUCGCCUGAACCCCGAAUGUGGGGCCUUCGCUUUCAACGCAACUGAGGUCCCAAACUGCGUGCUGUUCGUGCGGCAGACGCGUAGCUCGCCGGGUCUCCCGGGCCUCUACUACAGGGGCAUGUCGUUGACCAACGGCGACUACCUCUUCCGUCUGCCUCCUCCUACUCCCAUUGACAAAUGCAGCAUGUCACUGGCCCUCUGUCAGGGACUGGGCCUGCGACUAGUGCAGGUGCAGCCUGUGCUCAAGGACCUGGUAGUUGUCCAGAGUCAGGGGAAUGUCUGGUAUGACCUCAUGAGGGCUAACGAAAACGCCACCUUCACCACGUUGACAGGAGGGGCUGUCAACACCUCGAUCUUCAAGAUGGUUGAUACCGACCGGUCCUACAUGGCUCCUCAAUGCAUUGCUAGUAACUACUACUGGCCAUACAGGGUGAACUGUACUAGUGAGUUCAUAUGGUCUAAAGCCACUGUCUGCCAGUACUCGCAUCCCUAA